AUGCCGGCCUCCAAACGCGGGACUAUUCAUCACCCAAAUGGCCAAGUCUCAGCCUACGUACUGGACAGUUUUGUUGAUCCCUGGCGACCCGCAGAGACAAUUCUAUUACAACAUGGCUUCGCUCGUACGGCUGACCAUUUCUACCAUUGGGUGCCGGCUUUAUCGCGACAUUACAACGUACUCCGGCGAGAUCUUCGCGGUCAUGGAGAGUCGAGCUAUCCGAAACCUGGUCAGGAUGACGCCUACGACUAUUCACUUGCCACCAUCAUGGAAGAGAUCAAGGACACUUUGGAUCAGUUGAACAUAGAGAAAGUCCACUUUGUUGGAGAAUCAACUAGUGGGAUGCUUGCCGAGAUAUUUGCGGCAAAAUACCCUCAGCGUGUGCUCUCGAUCAUUGUAUGCUCGUCUCCCACUCACUUGCCGCAAUCUGCCCAGGAGUUUCUGGCGUUUGGCAAAGGGUCUUGGCCGGAGGCUUGCCGUCAACUAGGGUCCCGAGAAUGGGCUAGGCGUCUCGCUACCGCGAAUGGGACAGUCGCAAGUGACGACCCUGAAUAUCUAGCCUGGUGGAUUGAAAAGGUGGCCGCGAGUGACGGGGAAGGGCUGGCAAGCUAUGCGGACUUUCUGAGUCGAUUGGACGCCCGGCCGUUUUUGGGAAGCAUCACCGCUCCGAUGCUCAUUCUAUCACCCACGAACAGUGCUUUGGUGACAGUGAAAUCCAUGGAGGAGCUUGCAGCGACAGUGCCCAAGGCAGAGCUUGGCAUCAUUGAUUCCAAGGGUCAUGAGAUAUACGCAGAAGCCGCCGACGCCUGUAUUGCUAAAAUACGGACGUUUCUUCAGCAUAUCGAGAACAAAGAGAUCUAA